AGGUGGGUAUAUACACACUCAUGCAGGAUAUAAUUUGUCAUCCUUCAUUCCUAUUGGUCCUAUAAUUACACGCAGGACGGUUAACAAGACCAUAGUGAACUCUUUAACGUGAAUUACAAGUAUAUUUGAAGUCUAGAGCGUAUAUAAUAGAUUCCCCCUUUCUUCCCUUCCAUACAUAUCCUUCAUGGCUAUUUUAAUGCUUGUUUUAAUCCGUACAUUCUUUCCUAUUGAGGGACUUGAGGGUUGCAGGAGAAAACGUAUUGGCAGGAACAGCGGCCGGUCAUGUACAAUACGUGUUUGGGAAGGGUCAUAUAUGGCGUCGAUUGAGCAGAGGAACUUUUUUAUGGAAGGGAUAUUGUAGUUUUCUUUGCGUUAACCAUACGUAAGACUCGAGUGUGAGGUGAUAUAUAAGCAACAUGUUAAAUAUUCAAUUACACCCAUCCUAUCUAUAAUACAAGGACAAAUUGGACAGGAUCGAUGGCAUUAUGAAAUUCCUUGAAAGUGACUCACACAGGUUCCAUACGAGUGUUGGAAGCUUAUAUACGUUUUGUGGCAUAUAUUGAUGACAGUGUACGUGUGUUUGUGUGUGAACUUUUAUGAAUUACACCCAACCUGUAAUACAAGGACAAGCAGGACAGUGGAGGCAUCAUGGAAUUACAUUAAAAGUGACACAUACAGGUUCCAUACGAGUGUUGGAAGCUUAUAUACGUUUUGUGGCGUAUAUUGAUGACAGUGUACGUGUGUUUGUGUGUGGACUUUUAUGAAUUACACCCAUAUUAACAAAGAGGAGGAGGAGAUGAACAGGAAAUAAAGGAGGAGACGGGAGAACAAGAACAGGAACGAUUAAAAGAAGCUAAAAAAAAAUAGUCGUGAAUAAGAGGAAUAAAAAAAAAAUCCUAUAAUGCAAGGACAAGCAGGACAGUGGAGACAUGGAAUUCCUUAUAAGGCUGACGAUGUGCUGCUGGAAGCCUAUGCCAGAGUGCUGUGGGAGUGGUGUGCAGCGCUGCGGGGGCUGGGUGCUGAGGGCGGUGCUGUGGGGUGCUCUGAUGAGGGGCUGAGGUCCACGGUGGCUGUUCUCUGGGUGCUGUUCCUGAGACGCUGUGAUGCUGUGGUUCUCCCGCUGGCCAAGAUGAGGAAGGGGAAUGCUGGCAUGCAGAGCCUUAUUGACAGUCUGAGCCAGAAACCAACGCUUGCAUCAACACACCCUAAUCUCCCCCCCAGCAAGAUAAGAAUGGCCACCACCACAGCCUUAGAGCCAAGAGGGAAAGACGACAGGGAGGGGAAGAAGGAAAAGAAGGGCCUUGAUAUCAUGAAAAGGACUAAUAGUGGUAAUAGAAGUAAUGAUGAUGGUAGUGAUGGAGGAGAAGGCUACAGCUUCCCCUCCUCCUCUCCCUUCAUCUCCUCCUCCUCCUCCUCCUCUUCCUCCUCUUCCCCCCCCUCCUCCUCCUUCCAUCAGCGCCGCAGGUCCUCCAGAAUCAAAGCACUUCAGCAGCAGAACAACCACAUUCACCACAAAAAUUCACUCCCAACAUUACUGGAGAAGGAAGUGGAGGAAGAAGAAGAGAAGGAGGAGGAGGAGGUGGAAGAUAUUAUAGACUCAAGUGGAUCUGAUAAGGAGUACAAACCACAUCACUACCACCUCCUCACCAGUGAGAGUGAGGAAAAAACUACACCCCUAAAAACCAGUGAAGCAAGACACACACACACACAGACCAGCAGAGAGACAGGCACAGAGGGGAAGGGAGGUCCCGUCAACUUUGGGACACACAGACGCAGGCAGAUAAGGAGCACGCACACGACCAGACACAAGAAAUGGAAGAGAAGAAACGGAAGCGAGGCAGAAACGGCGCCUCCUCCUCCUCCUCCACCACCUCCGCCACGGCCGCCUCAGAGAAGAAGAGCUAAAACAACAGAGACAAAAAGAGGGAAAACAGCAACAAGAACAGGAACGACGAAGGUGACAAACAAAAAUGGCAGUAUCGGCAACAAGAAGAUCACUGAAGGUCGCCAGGGUGAAGUUCAGCAGCCUCCCUACAAGCUCUGGUCCUUGCCAAACAUGCUGACCCUUCUCCUAGCUCUCCUCUACCUGGCUCUCCUCUUUACCGGGCAGGAGGUGUUACUCAUGGACAUCCUCUGGUGGUGUGAGAGUGGGCGCAUUCCCUUCCCGUCUGCACACUUCACCGUCAACACCGUCUUGCGGAGCCACGUGGCACGCUGCCCGGUCUUCGUAAAGGUGCCAAAAGUGCCGUCGUCAGCUGCCGUCAGGAGGGCCGCAUGCCACCUGGCCCUCGCUCUCUCCCUGCAGGCCGUCCCAUUUCCCUCAGCUGGGCAGAUCAUCAAGCGACUGGUGGAUGUGCUCCGGCUGCCAGAAGACACCACCAGAAUGUCCGAGGAAAUAGCGUCCAAGCGUCUCCUCCUCCCUCAGAAGCACGGGCUGUCGGAGGAGGGGCUGAGGAAGGGGGAGGUGCCGGCUGUUGAGUGUCAGGCGGCUGCAGCUCUCCUCGUCACCCUAAAGAUUUUGUGCGGCCUAAACGAUUCCUCCGAACAUCACCUUUCUGUGGUUGCGGCGAGGGUGAAUGGUGGUGGGAAGGGCGGUGGUGGUGGUGGUGGGGACCUGAAGGCUCAUCCGCUAUUCUCCUUCGAUGAAUGGAUGAGGUUCAUCGUGGAGGUUGGGUGGCUCAGCAGGCAGGUUGACCCUCUUGGCAAGGUCAUUUCUCCCCAUCCUGUGCUGUCCAGGCCAUGGGAGCUCAAGCUUAUGGGUGACCUCAACCGUCUGCUGACCUUCUGUUGUGGUGACCCAGCUGUCUCCCUUCCUGACCUCACCAAGCACCCCAACCUGAAGAGGCGGCUGGAGGUACUUGGUCUGUCUCUGGAGGGGCUGUGCCAGGCUCACUUCAGGGGCUCAGUGCCUCCCUAUGACCCCUUACUUGGCACCCUUGAGAAGUAUGUCAGCUGGCACUCCUCAUCCUCAUCUCCAGCCACCUCACACCACAGAUGGCACCAAGCAGCCUCCUCCAGAUUCUUAUUGAGGGCAAGGCAGCUGCUACAGACCACCUUUGCCUCAACACAGCUGUUCUGGCCCCACCGCCUGCACCUCAUACAACACCAGCUGAGGGAACAAGGCUCAAGCAUUCGCCUCAGAGCUGUCAAGUACCCGCACUCCCUCUGCCCUCGCCCCGCCAAGCCAAGGGAGGGAAUGAGGUACCAGGGACGGGGAAGGAGGAAUGCAUGCAAGUCGGGGACAGAGAGGAAUGAGAAGGUGAAUUCAUAUCAGAUGGAGGCAAAGAGGAAUGAAGGCAUGAGGCGGCAGGGAGAAGAAAGGAGGAAAACAAAUGUAGUGGAGAGAAAGAGGAGUGCGCAGUCUCACUCCCUAUAUUCACAAGUUUCCUCAAAGCUAGAAAAACGGGGCAUGUCACAGAUCAGAGCAUCCCCUCACUCCUCUCAAGACCCUUCAGAGUUAGAGAGAAGACAAGAAGGAGAGUUGCAGAAGAGAUUAUCCCCUCACCCUUCCUCACAAAACUCCUUGAAGCUAGAGAGAAGACGAGGGGUAUCACAGACCUUACCCUCUCAGUCUCACUCCACACAAGACUCCUCAGAACUAAAGAGAGGACAAAGAGGGCGGUCACAGAUCAAAUUGUUCCCUCUUCCCCACUCACUAGACUCCUUACAGCAAGAGGACAAAAUGCAGGACCAAGGAAGGAACAGAAGACAUGCUCACAACCAGGGAAUGAACACUCACGCCACUGCAGUAGGAACACACAAAACACCGCGCACUAUGAGGCCUGCCGUGGUGGUGGUGGUGGUGAUGAUGAUGGUGGUGAUGGUGGUGGAGUCUACUGCGGGAGUGUCCAGACAGCGCUCCUUCAAGGCUAAGGAAAGGGCAGGGGACGAGGACUACCACCGCAAGAGGAAACAGCAGUACAAGAAGGAGAAGAAGGGCUCCUCCUACGACACGGUGCCCUUCAUCGACUUGGAAGACCAAGCGUACUGGAACAGGCUGGGGCAGGAGGCGUUGGCGAAGCAGCUGGAGGUCCGCCCAGUAGUGAGACGCGCUAAGAAUGUGGUCCUCUUCCUGGGCGACGGGAUGUCCCUCUCCACCGUGACGGCCGCGAGGAUACUGAAGGGGCAGAGGUCCGGCCUUUGGGAGCACGAGGCGAUGGUGUGGGAGGACUUCCCCUACUCGGCUAUCAUCAAGACCUACACGACCGACAGCCAAGUAGCAGACAGCGCCGCCAGUGCCAACGCCUACCUGUCGGGGGUGAAGACGAACAAGGGAACGCUGGGGGUGGACAUGAACGUGGACCAAGGAAACUGUUCGGCCCAGCUCAAUCAGGGCUUCCACCUCUCCUCCCUGGCCCAGUGGUUUCAGGACUCCGGGCGCAGCGCUGGCUUCGUCACCACCACCCGCGUCACCCACGCCACGCCCGCGGGAGUGUACGCCCACGUCGCCGACAGGGAGUGGGAGGAUGACGACGAGGUGAGGCGGGAUGGAGAGGACCCGGACACGUGUGAUGACAUCGCUGAACAGCUGGUCUUGGGGCAGCCUGGGAAGAACCUUAAGGUGGUGAUGGGCGGCGGGCGGAGGAACCUGUUGCCCAAGACCGUGCGGGACGUGGUCGAGAACAAGAAGGGGUACAGGAAUGACGGCAAGAACCUAAUAGAGAUGUGGCAACAGCAGAAAGCGGCAGCAGGGGCGAAGGCGGCCUACGUGUGGAACAGAAACGACCUGCUGGCUGUCGACACCUCCAGGACCGACUACCUGCUGGGUCUCUUCGGGUACAGCCAUAUGGAUUACAGUCUGGAGCGGGACAGGACCCAGGACCCCAGCCUCCCGGAGAUGACCAAGGCCGCCAUUGAGAUCCUGCAGAAGGACCCCGGAGGAUACUUCUUGCUGGUGGAGGGCGGACUCAUAGACUUGGCCCACCACGGGAAUAAGGGAAGGAAAGCACUCACGGAGACACUGGAGAUGGACGAGGCAGUUCAGGUCGUCCUCUCCAUGGUGGACCUGACGGAGACGCUGGUGGUGGUGACGGCGGACCACGGCCACGCCCUCACCAUCAACGGCUAUCCCUCCCGCCACACCGACAUCCUGGGCGUGGCAGAGCGGAGCAGCAAGGAUUACCUGCCCUACACGACCCUCCUCUACGGCAACGGCCCAGGCUACCGCGUCCACACCCCGGGACACAGGCCUGACCCGACCCGCCAGGACAUGGCCGACGUGGACUACCGCCAGGACGCCGCGGUGCCCCUCAGCCCCGCCGCCCACUCCGGGGACGACGUGGGACUCUGGGCGACGGGGCCCCACGCGCACCUCUUCACGGGCGUCUACGAGCAGAACUACAUCGCACACGCCCUUGCCUACGCCGCGUGCGUGGGCCACGGCCGCACCUUCUGCAGGACCAACAACAGCGGCGCCAGGAGGAACCGCGGCACCGGGGUGGUGGCCGCCUGCAGGGGCGCGCGGCGGUGGCGGCAACAGUGCUGAGGCUGCUCCACUAACACAAGACUUCCAUAUUUAUUUUAUUAUAAAAAUUUCCUUGA